AUGGACGCGAAAGUGCAGACGGAAGAACAGGUUGAUGCUGCGACAGAGAGUUUCACGAAAGAGCAAGUUGCUUCCUUCUACAUUCUUUGGGGCUUCGUCUUUACUCUAUUCCUCCUGGGAAUGAUUCUUGAAUCGGUCAAGAAACUACGAUCUCCUCGAAUGCCCAAACAAGAAUCAAACGAGCAAAAGACCGAGGAAAACGUCGCCUGA